AUGAGUAUCCCGACCAAGGAAGAGCAAGCAGAAAGGCUUAAGAAUCUCGAACGUACAAGCAGCAUUUCCGUUGAGGAUGGAGCAUACAUCAUAUCCGCUAAAUGGAUGAUCAAUUACAAAGCUGCGAUCGGAUUUAAUCAGUUCGACCCAGCAAACGUCGAAGUUGGUCCUAUCGAUAACUCUGAGAUAGCAGACCCAGAAAACAAAUCCCGCGUUGCCAAAACGAAGGGAGAAAACACUGAUUUUUAUAUCGUCGAUAAAACAGAAUGGGAUGUCCUUUACGGCUGGUACGGCUGCAAUAACAUCAUUAAACUUGAAGUUGUAAUGGAUGAAGUCGAAAAUAAGCCAAUUUCUAUUGUCUAUUACCAGAAAUUGACUGUUGUUUAUGGUGAAGAGAAAAAGGAUAUUGAAGUCCAUAAAUACAUGUAUGCCAAGGAUAUACUUGCCAAGGCACGAGAACUUUUCAAUAUCCCUGCUGAUAAACAGCUUCAACUCAUCGAUUACUUAAAUGGCAACUACGUGGCAUUAAUGGAUGAAGAUUCAUAUCUCAAGCGUUACAACCUCAUCGAUGGCCAGCUUAUUGCUGUCAACUACAAAGACGAAAACGACGAAUGGAAGAUUAAAAAACCAACUCAAGUAGAAUACCUCACAAAGCUUGCCAUGGGCUCUACACCAACAACAGCAGCUUCCACUACAAUGAGAAGUCGCUACGGUUACGACGAAGGCAAACCAGGCCGUCAUGGCUUUAAUAACCUCGGCAAUACAUGCUACUUCAACAGUGGUACGCAAUGUCUCAUGCACACCAUGCCGCUUAUCCAGUAUUUCGUCGAUGGCCGCUGGGAACAAUGGAUAAACCGAGAAAACAAAUUAGGAUCUCAUGGCUGCCUUGCCACAGCAUUCAACUCCAUUUGCCAGCAGAUGUGGAGCGAUAAUACAAGCGGCGCGAUCCGUCCAAGCGAACUCAAGGCCGCAAUUGGAGGUUUUAAUUCUCGAUUUUCCGGUUACGAACAGCACGACAGCCACGAGCUUAUUCUCUUCAUGCUCGACGGCAUCCACGAAGACUUGAACCGCUGCAAAGUAAAGCCACAAGUCGAGCCAGUCAUAGGAGAUGGAGCAAAUGACGAAGCCAUCGCAGACGAGUCGUGGAAGAGGUGCAAGCUCCGUAACGAUUCAAUUAUUGUCGACCAUUUCUACGGAUUACUUCGUUCUCAACUACUUUGCCCGAAUUGUCAAAAAACAACUGUCGUUUUCGAUCCAUUCUUAACAGUCGAACUACCUCUCGCAAGGGAGAACGAGCGUAAAAUACACGUCAGCUUCAUUCCAAAGGACAUAAAGGCCAAGUGGACAGAAUUUAACAUAAAUAUUCGCACAUCAGAAAUCGCAAACGUCAAUCUCAUCUCCAAACUUGUUUCUGAGAAGCUCGGCAAGGAAGUUCUCUGCAUUCCAGCCGCUUUGAACACAGAAAACUUCUCAAUCAAGUUUGGCUUCCCAGAUACAUACGAAUCGAGAUUACAAGCUGUUGUUUUCGAGAUAGACUCUCAAGACAAGUUCUACGUUCCAGUAUUGAUCGUAGGAAGUGUUGCAUCUCAAUACAACCCUAACUACUUCAAUGCUCAGCCAAUUACACCACCAUUCUUAAUCGAAGUCGACGAUCUAUCUCUCGAAGAAGACAAAUACAAGGAUAUCGUUCUCGAAAGACUCAAACCAGUAUUAGAUACGAAAUCUGAGAUAGAACUUACAGAAGAUGCAAAGAACUUCUUGGCCAGAAUCAAGAAAGAGCCUGAGGAAGGUCAGGAAGCUCCAGAAUUCGCAGUUAACUUCCAAAAAGAUUAUUGGAAGAAUGUUCAGUCUCCAAAGCCAUCAAAACACGUCAAAUGUGCAUCAGCAAACGGUGUUGUUGUCACCGCUGAUAUUUCUAAGCUCGAUAUGAACGUUCUCGUACAAAAUGUUCCAUCAAACGCUUACGGCUACUCUUCUAAACAUACUUCGACAGAUACGAUACCUCUUGACAGGUGCUUCAACCUUUUCAGUACGGUUGAUACACUUGACGAGCAGAAUCAGUGGCAUUGUCCUCAUUGCGGCCAAUUUGUCUGCGCUGACAAGAAGAUGGAGAUCUGGCGCUGCCCAGAAGUACUUGUCAUCCACUUGAAGAGGUUCUCCGGAGAGGGAUACUACGUAAAGAAGGAUUCGACACUUGUUGACUUCCCCGAGGAACUUGACAUGGCUCCUUACAUAAGAGGAAAGACCGACCAAUCAACUCAUUACAAACUUUACGCUGUUUCUGAACACAUGGGAUCAAUGGGAGGAGGACACUACAUUGCACACGCAAUUGUCAAUGGAAAGUGGUACAAGUUUGAUGACUCAUCUUGCUACGAAUCUUCUUACGAAGACGCUAAGUCUCCUCUUGCUUACGUUCUCUUCUAUCAGAGAAUUGACAAAUAA